AUGGCGCUCCCUCGAUCCCAGAGAGAAGACAACACGCCCAUGUUGUCAGCAUUCACCGCGCGGCCGCUCGUCGAGCUAAAGCCGCGUGACAAGUCCCGCAUCGACUCCGUCCUCGCAUAUGGCGACCGUCUCCUCGCAGGCCUAAACAAUGGCAACCUCCGCAUCUACCGAGUCACCGACGACGGCCGCACCGAGCUCCUGCGCGAACUGGAGCGCUUCUCCCGCUACAAGAUCGAGCAGCUGGCUCUGAUCAAGGAGGCGAAUGUUCUUGUUUCCUUGGCGGGGGGUUAUGUCUCCCUUCACGAUGCGCAGUCCUACGAGCUUGUGGAGCAGCUCUCGCAGACGAAGGGUGCUUCUGUUUUCGCAAUUACUUCGAAUGUGGUCAAUGAUCCUGAUACAAAUGUUCCUGCUAUUGUCUCUCGGCUUGCCGUUGCAGUCAAGAGGAAGAUCCUUAUGUGGGUGUGGCGGGAUAUGGAACUUGAGCGUGACACGGCUGAAUUGAGCUUGGCUAGCGGUGUUAAGACUCUUACUUGGGUUGCUGCUACGAGACUAGUCGUCGGACUGAACUCGAGCUUUGUCAUGGUUAACAUUGAGUCUGGGCAGGUGACUGAUCUUGCUGGACCCGGGAGUAUCGAGGAGUCUGGCCGGUUUACUAGUGUUGGUGCGGCGAGUAUGAGCUAUAUCGGUAUGGGUGGGAUGGUGCCGAGACCGCUUGCUACCAGGUUGAGGGAAGGUCAGAUUCUACUUGCUAAGGAUAUCAAUACGAAUUUCAUCGAUGUGGAUGGCCAGCCGCUUGGGAGGAAGCAGGUGCCUUGGAGUCAUGCGCCUGUUGAGCUGGGGUAUUCGUAUCCGUUUCUUUUAGCUUUGCAUGACUCUGCCAAAGGUGUGCUGGAGGUUCGCAAUCCGGAAACGCUGUCGCUACUGCAGUCUAUUUCCUUGCCGUCAGCCAGCAUCUUGCAUAUCCCGCAACCAAACAUCAGUCUCGCUCAUGCUGGAAAAGGUUUCCUGGUAGCAAGUGAUCGCACUAUCUGGCGGAUGGAAGCUUUGAGCUAUGAUACACAGAUUGAUGCUUUGGUUGAAAAGGGCUAUUUGGACGAGGCGAUCAGCUUGCUUGGUGUGCUGGAGGAUGCUCUCCUGCGAGAUAAAGCCGGUCGAUUGCGCUCGACGAGGCUAGAAAAGGCACAGAGUUUGUUCGCUUUGAACAAGUAUCGUGAAUCGUUAGAUCUCUUCACGGAAGUCUCUGCUCCCCCGGAGAGUGUCAUUCGCCUGUAUCCGCGCUUGAUUGCGGGUGAGCUAUCUACAGUACCGGAGCCUGAAGCACCAAACGCAAAGGCCAACGGCGAUCAAAGUGACGGGUCGUCUGACGAGGCUGCGGCGGGACAAACAUCCACCCAGGCACCGUCCAUCAUAUCCUCUUUGCGAAAGCCCGACGAGGGCAGCGAGUCCAGCAGCAUUCGGGGCGACGAGAAAGGCCUUCGGAUGGCGGUUCGCGAGCUACAAGGCUACCUAGCCGACGUUCGCCGACGUUUCCAGCGCUUCCUCAACCCUGAUGGAUCCCUGAAAGCGGCCGCACCCACUGAGGCCAAAGAUGAGGCAAGCGACUCUGUUCUCAAGCUGCUGGACUUCCCAUCUGCCGAUGACUUUGCCACGCAAAUUCGUGAGAAGGCGCGGCUUGUCGAUACCACUUUAUUCCGUGCCCAUAUGUUUGCGACUCCAUCGCUUGCUGGUUCCCUCUUCCGCAUUGCCAACUUCUGUGACCCAGACGUGGUAAUGGAACGACUGGAGGAAACAGGCAGAUACAAUGAUCUGAUUGAUUUUCUUUACGGCAAGAAAUUGCAUCGCCAAGCUCUGGAGCUGCUGCAGCGCUUCGGUCAGACAGAUAAUGGCCCUUUGAGCGGUCCUACGCGCACUGUUGCCUAUCUCCAGAAUCUGCCACCCGAUCAAAUCGAUUUGGUACUUGAGUUCGGCAAAUGGCCACUCCUUGCUAAUCAUGAGUUGGGAAUGGAGAUCUUCUUGACUGACACUGAGAAUGCGGAAACGCUAUCUCGUCCCAGAGUCCUCGCAUUCCUGGAGAGCAUUGAUUCCACUCUUGCGAUUCGAUACCUCGAACAUGUCAUCAAUGAAUGGAAUGACUUGACACCGGAAAUACAUCAGCGAUUGCUCAUCUUGUAUUUAGACAAACUUGUUUCGCAUGCCGGGGAAUGGAAGGACAAGUUCCUUGCCAUGUUGAAGGAAAGCGAGCAAUACUCGCCAGCAAAGAUGCUGGACCGACUCAAUCGAGAGGAUCCCAAUUUCUACGAAGCCCGUGCUAUCCUGUUCAGCAAAAUGGGCCAACACCGGCAAGCACUCGAGAUCUACGUCUUCAAACUAGAGGACCACGAAAAGGCAGAAGAAUAUUGCAACCAUGUUCACCUCACCGAGAAACGAGAAGAAGAAAACACAAUCUACCUCACGCUCCUCUCCCUUUACCUCAGCCCACCGCACGGCUACUCGCCUCAAAAUGACCCCGCUAUCGACCUCCUCGCCAAGCACGGCUCCAGACUCCCAGCCGACGCGGCCCUCAAACUCAUCCCGGACAAGCAGGCCGUGGAGAAACUUGAAUUCUACUUCAAGGGCCGCAUGCGCGCCGCGAACUCCGUGUUCAACGAAGCUCGCAUUGUCGCCAAUCUUCGCAAGGCAAGGGAUAUGCAGAUCCAGGCGCAGUUGGCUAUUGGUGAUGGCGUCAAGGGUGGUGGCACACGUGCCAGACACGUCACUGUCACCGAGGAACGAAUUUGCGGUGUUUGUCAUAAGCGUCUUGGUGGGAGUGUCAUAAAUGUGUUCCCCGAUAACACCGUUGUUCAUUUGGGCUGUGCGAACCGGAGACCCAGUGCCAGUGUUCGGUAG